GAGAGAGAGAGAGAGAGAGAGAGACCGGGGAAGCUUCUGACUGCAUGACGGCACUUGAAGACAGAUGCCGUGUGCGGUAGUGCGAAUAGGACACACCGCGCAGGUUAUCGCACUCAACAUGAUUGAACCAAAACCGGCAGCUCAGAAUAACACCACUCGUUUUUAACCACUGUAUUUUUUAACAGGACGUAUUAUUGGUGUUUGAUCAUUUUCCUGCUAUAUACGACAUCAGAGAUACCAUUGCAUGGGACUGCGUCUGUCUGCAUUGGCCGCUUUUACUGUAUUGUGAGAUUCAAUCAGGAAUGAGGACGUUGUAACACGUUCUUUAUUUUACGCAAGACUUGACAGCGUACCGAGGACUAUGUACUGAAGAGUCGGUGGGGGUGCUAGAAAGCAGCGUUUUAACCCGCAUGACCGGCUAACAGAGAGGGGAAGGUGACUGCAGUUCCGCUACUUUAAGUUGAUCUCAAUAUCAGCCGGUCCCGCGAUCUACCAUUUUGUUAUUCGCACCAUUUAUCUAAACUGUUCCGCCUGAUACCGAGCGGGGGAAAGAAACAGGCAGAGGAUUUAAAUCGAGCUAGUCUUGACAAUCAACUUUGAAUCUAUAAUGAUUUCAAGUAUCAUAACCAUUGCCAAACAUGCGGAUACUACGUAAAUAUUGCGAUCACUGGCGUUGGAAACAACUGAAAAAGAUUCAAAAGGCAACAUUGACAGAAAUCGACUGGAGUCAUUGAUCACCGAAAAAUACAGGUCAGGGAGAAGCCCAAAGAUAAAGCAUAAGAGAAAGGAACAAUUAUACAUUUUUCCGGCCAUUUUAAUAUACGCAUUUUUUAGAUGUUGAAACCAAAACUAUUGUUAGAACCCAAUUAGCGGUACAUCGCAAGGACUUUUGCUGUCUGUGAAAAAAAAUGUUUAUGGACACAUGUCUACAAGCAGACAUUGUACUACAGUGGGACUUUGGAUUACAACCAGGAAAACCUCUAUGGAAAUCAACCCUUUGGACUUUGAUUAAUUGCAAAGAGUUGUACUCGACUACUUAAUGAAAUAGCAUUAUUUUGAAGAAUUUUGCACAACUUUAAUAAGUUCAUUGAUGAAAUUAGCUGCUGGUUUAAGAGUGCCUUGGUCUGAUGGAGUCUUUCUGGCUGAAUCACAUUGACUGGGAAUGAAGACAGUGGAACGUACACAAGCUGCAUCAGUAAGCAAUAUCCGAUCCGACCUUUAAGCAGGAUUUCAUUAAGGUAAUUGAACUGUCGCUCCUGAUCCGCCAUGCUGCUGAGAUGCAGCCGGCCCUCGCAGCCUUUGCUGAGGCACACCGACGUACCGCAGCGUGUGACAGAGAGCUUCAUCCUCUCAGGCUACCGUUUCCCCAACUACAGUCUACGCGAGUGCCUGGCCUCCGCCUUCCGGCCCACCAACGAGACCGGCAACUUCUGGACGCACUUCCUGGCUGUGUUCGUCUUUGCCUUCCACUUCCUCGAGCUGUUUGGCUGGGAGGGCCGGCCAUCUUACGGCGACCCAUUUUUCUACCCCUUCUGGAACUACUUCAUCGGUGUCUUCUUGCUGUUGAUGGCUAGCAGCCUGGCUCACCUUCUCAACUCCAUGUCGCUGCUGAUCCGAGAGAUCUGCUUCUUUGUGGACUAUGGCACCAUCAGCGCCUAUACUGUGGGCUCCUCACUAGCUUAUUUCUACUACAUCCAUCCAAGGGCCGGGAUCACUGCACUAGGACAUCACAAUGUCACAUGGGAGGUGAAGACAGUCCACGAGGGGCCCCCUCUGCGUCCUCCUUCCCUCUUGUCCCCUCCGUCGGCCUUCCCAGAGUUCCACAUGUUCUUUGAGAGCUUCUAUAUCCCUAGCGCUUGUGUGGUGGCGCUCAUCUGCACCCUAGCCUGCUGCAACACCCGCCAGCGCUGGAGAAGGCACCGCUAUGUCAUCCGCACCCUGGUCUUCCUGUUGCCCUUCAUCGUGGCAUCCACACCCAUCUUUUACCGCCUCCUCCGACCAUCAGUUGCCUCAGCCCAGUCCUCAUCUCUCUGCCCCGGAUCUCUUGGUCUUUUCUUCUCCCGGCACUGCUUCUGGCUGCUGGUGUCAGCACUCUUCAACAUCAGCAAGUUCCCCGAGCGGCUGUCCCCCGGGAAGUUUGACAUCUGGGGCCACAGCCACCAGUGGUUCCAUUGCUGCACCUUCCUCUCCAUCCUGGAUGAGCUGCACAUGAUCAAGGCUGAAAUUCGGGCCCUUGCCCUGCAUCCAGCCCUGACCCUACCUGCCUUGGCCCCACCCCCGCUGCCAGGGCCCACCCUCUACUCCACCUAUGGUGUGAUGUUCACCCUGCAGGGCUGCAUUGGUGCCAUAAUCUCCUGGUUUUCCUGGGGGGCCUGUCGAAAUCAGGGCACCAAGGCAGAGCACCUUAAGUCACAUUGAAGCCCCUCAAAUCACCAGCCCUGACCUCCUCUCAUCACUUUUUUCUUUUCAAUUCUCGAUAAGUUGUAUUCCAUUUUACAUGUAUGAGAAAACUAGUUCUCAAUAAGUCCUUUUGUGAUUCAAAAUCAUUGUUUGUACACGCAGGCUGUCAGCAGCCUUGUUUCUACCUUUGUGCAAAUAGGAGGUAAUUGCCUCGUCAUUUUCAUCAGUCGAGUAGCAAUGAAACUGCAUCUCUGGUCUGACGCACAGUUGCUCCCAGGGCAACACAUUUCUGUAUGUUUUAUGAAAUUCUGAUUGUAGAGAUUCAUAGCUUACAAAUCAGGGUAUGCUUUAUACAAAUGAUAAUAAUUUUUUUUCUUGUUUGAGUCUCAUAAAUAGUCUUUUUUAUUAUCUAAAAUUAACAUGCAAAACAUUUGAUUUCUGAGCACUGGUUCUGAGUAACUGAUAAAUAUAGCAAAAUAUAACGUUAAUAUAAUUGUCACAAGUACUGUAAAAUCAUUAUCUAUUUGUAUAGUACUGUUCUAAUGUUGCUGUCAGCAGUGGCAAACAGCAAGCAUGUGACUUGUUUUCAACGAAUCAUUUUUAAACCAGAUUAGCGCUGAGCUAGAUGCUGCAAUUGACUGGUGGAGUCCAUUCUACCUGGAUUGGAGGAGCUUUGCUUAAACAAAUGAUCGACCGUCGCAGUGAGAAUACACAAAUUCAGCGGAGGAGGGCACAACCUUGGGCAUGCACAUCAAACACAAAGUUCCCCAUCGCCUUCUUCAUCCCUCAUGAUGAAUCCAGAGAACAAUCUCUGGCAUCGGUCUAACAUACAGGGGCACCCUGCUUGUGUGGUUUGAAAGAUCAUCUCGUAGAAGCUGUGGCUUUGUUGUAGAGUGUGUUUGGUCAGAUGGGGGCGUAGACAGUCACAGCCUCUGGUACAUGUGCAGAGUGAUUUUACCCAAACUUCCCGUCUGCCUCCUUGCCAUCUGCCUGCUGCUUUCUAUAUGCUCCCGUUCUCAGUAACUUUGCCCCUCCUGUCCAUUGUUCUGCUAGUUCGUCCAUAUGUUCCUCUUCCGAAUAGGUUUGCCCUUUUUGUUAAUUGUCCCGCUAGUUCCUAUCCCCUCUCUAGCUGCGUACCUCUGCUGUUCAUCGUUACUUCAGUUUGUCAGCCAUCGAUUCCAUUUUAAAAAGGAUUUUGCAUCGCUGGGUGACAGUGGUAAGGUACGGCAGUCGCAGUUGAAUUAUUGUUUUUGGUGUCUUUGUGCAUUUCCUUAGAGUUUCCGGAGUUGUCUUUGCAAUUUGUGACAGCUCCAGUCCUCUAGGUGGCCUAUGGCGUCGGUCCAUUUUUUCAUGGGCAGCUCUAAGACAACUGUGAUGGAGAAUGGCUAUUGUGACUGGAUGAAGCCAGUGUCUCCUUUGACAGGGUCCUGUACAGCUACAAGGUGCUUUAAAUGUCUCUGGUUCAUUGAAUGUAGUCAAGUGUCGCUUCUCAUCUCGUCUUAUCCUUUGCCACCUCUUUCCAUGCUUUUCCUAGUUCUCCUACUAUACCUCUCUCUCACUCUCACUCUUCCUCACUGCUUUUUCCCCGUGGCCUCAGUCUCAUUUCCUCUUCUCGGAGCCUUGAGGGGAGGCGGAGCAGUAGACACAACACAAAUACUUUUGGCUGCAGGGCAGUUGUGCCUCCAGAUUAGCAGAACUGAGAGCCUGUAAGUAAACAGGCCAGUGAACUUGCUCAGGAGACCGUUUUUGUGUCAAAUUAGGUAAAGCGAAUGGAUAGAAUUAGAGCAGUAAGUUUUGUGAGGGUCCAUCCGUCCAUCUUCCAAACACUUAUCCCUGUGCAUGGUGACAGGAGGGCUGGAAGCCUACAUGAAGCAGCAUUGGGCACAAGGCUUGGGAUCACACUGAACAGAAUUCCAACGCAUCCAUUAUAUGACAUAUAGACACAGACACACACUGUGGGCAAAUAAGAGACGCCCAAGAAGCCUAAUUGCAUGUUUUCAGACAGCUGGAUGAAACCAGAGAACCCCAAAAAGACCCAAACGACUCAGGAAGAACAUGCCAACUCCACACACUGAGCAGAAGCAGGAGUGAAACCAGCGUCUCUGGAGGCAACAGUGCUAUCAACCACGAUGCCCUUUCCUGAGACUCCAUUUUACUUAUUUCAGUAAAAUUAAAAAUAUCAAAGCCAUAAUUUGCAUAGAAAGCCAUAUCGGAAUCUCUCUUUUUUUUUUUUGUUUCGCCUCAGACUUUGAAGUACUCAUGAAGCCAAUCCGCUUGUUAAGUCACGGUGUUUGAAUCACACGAUGAAACUGUUUGUGGGGCCAACCUGGGUACAGACUAAUACAGUAUCGUACACCUCAGUGUUUUAAUCAAUCUUAAACAAAGAAGAACAAAAUAAUUGUCUUACUUCUGCUUUCCACGUAACAAGAAAGAGAAGAGGAAGUGGCUGCGUAAACUAAACAGCCGUUUAUUUUCGAAUUCGCAAUUCUUUAAAUGCUAAUGUGUCAUGCAUUUCAUUUUGUGUAUAAUGGUACACAAAAUUCACAGUUUAGUACAAACCUCAUUUUUGGGGUCACCGUUCUGUGUAAUUUCGAUACAGCAGGGAAAACAGAAUUUGCUCUGAGACUAUUUGUUAUUAAAAACUGCAAAAACAAAUUAGGAAGAGUUGUAAACCAGAGGAAGUGUGGCCGUUGACAUGUCUGAAUAACAUGAGGCACUUAUUUGCAACAUAUAAAAUCUUCAAUUGAAAAUAUAGCAUCAUAAUUUUAAUUGAUUAAAUCCUGUGUUCUUUAGUACUCAGUAUGGUUGCCUAUGUGUAGCUGAAUUUGCCUAAAUGGCACAGGGAGACUAACUCACAGAGGCUGUUUCCGCCUUGCUCCGGUCAUGCAUACAUUUAGAUGACGUUGUCUUGAAUGAGUUAGCACGUUGGCUGUGUUUCCAGCUGCAUGUCCGAGUUCGAUAUAACUGAGCUGACAGACACUCUUGGCCUAAUCACCCACUCUCUCUCCAGUGCUGGUGUAAUUUAUUGAGAAAUCAAAAUGUUCCCAAACCGUCGAUUAUGACUGGCUGUGACCAGGAGUAGCCGUAACUCACAGCAACACUUAGCACAAUGUUUUCCAUAUCUACUUCUGAAUUUAGGUUCUGCUUGUGCUAAGAGAUGUGUUCAUGUGUUAAAUUGUGCGUAGCAAACUGAAAAUGAUGCACCAAACGUACCGAUAAUUCCUUCUCGGAGGACAGCUACACCCAUCACUCAGUUUUUACGUCAUGCUUUGGGUCAGACUUAACAAGCGGAUUGGGAACCACAUGACUGGCAAUCCUUAAGGCCUCUAGGCAACUUGAUUGUUAAUUUGCAAUCGAUGCUUUGACGAAGCAAGAGGGUCACAUGGAAUCUGCUCUUUUUGAGAGUUUUGUUUUUGGUUUCAUGCUGGCGUCUUUUGUCAGGUCAUUUUUUACACAGUGGUGCUCAUUUGAGUCUGUUUAUCAAGCGAAUCCAGAUUUACCUUCCCUGUCUGUCUGUAAAAUGUUUUUAAAAAGUACAUAGGCGCUCUUUAUAAGACAAUCCCUAUAUCCAUAGCUUUAGUGUGAAUUAUUGUGAUGUUUUAAAGAUGCAGCUUAAUGAACACAACUCUGGUUGGAGCACUGGAGGCAGUGGUGAUGUAGGUCACUGCGGUGAUGCCAACCAGUUAUAUCUUUGUUUUAAAAUGGCAAAUUAGAUUGUUAACAAGAAGUGCUGCUGUUGUAAGUAGUCAUUUCUGAUAUUUAUUUGCACACUGGGGAAAAAGCUUUUGAUGUGAAGUGAGGGAUGGGCUGGGUUAUUCCUCAUUUUAGAAUGGAUGGUAGAAAGAAAUAUAUAUGUCAUGCAGUAACCUUGGUGAUUAUGUGUCCAGCCAAUCGGAGAGGCCAAGCAUCCAACCAUGUGUUUGUGUGUCUGGCCAAUUAGAGAGGCCGGGCAGUUUGCCAUGAUACACUUAUCAUUGCCAGACUUAAGGGUGGCAUAAAUCUGCAACAAUCAAAAUGACGACUUUAUCAGCAUAAACCCCUUUACUUGCCUUUUUGUUUGUUCCUUUUCCUGUGAGGUAGAAUACCCAUGUGUCACUGUUUUUUAAUGCGUGGUGUAUUCCGUGUCAGACAUGCACUCUACAGUAGACUGCACAGGUCACACACCUGUACUGUAACGGUGAUCUUAUAUUAGGUAGAUCGCUCCCACUGCGAUGCUUGUAAAAGUUGCUGCAAUGUCACAGGCAUGAAGGGGAGGACUUUUAAAAACAGGCGACUAAUGUGAACAUGUCGAAGAGACGACAGCGAAUCGUUCUCAGGGGGAAUCAAAUGCAGAUUUUUCUAGCUGUCUUCACUGACUGAGUGUGCGCUAGUGUUAAAUGUCUAGUGUUAAAUGUCUCUUCUCAAACUUCUGCCACUUUUCAUAAUGAUGGAUUAUGCACGAUUCUCUGAUUUAGGAUUAAUAAAGUUUCUCAUGCUGAAAUGAA